AUGUCUCUUCACACCUCCUACCAUGCCGAUUCCGACGCGGACGACGAGUACGAGCGCAGCGUGAUCACCUCCCCCCAUUUGGCCACGGACUCGGAGGCCUCUCCGUCGGAGUCCGACUUCCCCUCUGCGGAGCAUACGCCGACUUCCUACGCAAAUGUCGAACACAACCCGCAAUCUCCUCGGACGAUCAUCACCGAAUGGACUGCCGAAGAGUGCGCCAGCUUCCUCGUCACUCUCGGACUUCGUCAAUACUGCCCGGCGUUUCUAGAAAAUGAAAUUGUGGGAGAAGCGCUGAUCGCGUUGAAACAUGAUGAAUUGAAGGAGAUGGGUAUCAUCAGCGUGGGCCAUCGCUUGACCAUUCUGAAGAGUGUUUACGAGACCAAAGUCAAACAAGACAUCCCGCUUGACGCAGAUCAUUAUAUUCCCCUCUCGGCGGAUCAAAGCAUGAACGAGAAUGCCUCUCAAGACGACGUUGCUCGUCUGAUUCAAUCCAUUCGUCUACGAGAUGAGCGGAUCACGACCGUCGAAUCCGAGAUGCGACGCAUUGCGGAGGAAUACCGACGACUACGAGAAGAGCUUCUGCCUGUGUUUAAGAUGGCUAAAGAUCGGUCGCAGCCCCUGCCCCCUCCGUCCGCUAUCCCCAGCUCCGGACCCGAAGGGCAUCAUGAUAACCAACCGAUCAGCUCCCCCUCCGGCAUCACGCUGCUGGAACGGUCCGUGUCCGGCAUUUCUCGCACCUUCUCCAAGCGGUUACACAACGGCGGCACCACGCCGAAAAACAACUCUCCUACCCACAUCCCACCCUCGAUUCACGAAAACCGGCCGUACAAUGACCACGGCGCCUUGGACCCUUCGAUGGCCGCCGUUUCCUCGUCGCACCUGAGCACGAUGAACGGCAAAUCCCAACUCUCCCCCGGCAUUCCGUCUCCCACGUCGCCCGGUGGUCAUUACGGCAAUACACAAACGCUGGCCUCGCGGUCGUACACCCAGCCGAAUACGACCAGCCGCAGUAACUUCGAUCACUACGAAGAGAGCAUGCCUACGCAGUCUCGACCCGAUCGCUUGAAUCCGACACCGACCCAAGCCACGCGCCCAGAGAUCCCGACACGCUCCGACUCCCGAGCCGGUGGGGACCCUCCCAGCGUGGAGAUCUUCAAGUCGUUCCGCGUUUCCAUGGAUGAUCCCUGCCACAAAGUUCUACCGGCUGCCCUGAAAAAGUACAAUAUCAGCGCGGAUUGGAGGCAGUAUGCCCUAUACAUUGUAUAUGGUGACCAAGAACGGUGUCUCGCGCUGGACGAACGACCUCUCAUUCUCUUCAAGCAGCUAGAAAGGGAAGGGCGCAAGCCGAUGUUCAUGUUACGCAAGCACCUACAACCUUUUGAGAACACCAUGUACGCCGCGACGGGAGGAGCCUCAGCAGGCUCAGCGCCCAACAGCGCAGGGUUCGAAGGACGACAGGCCCAGAUCAACCUUCCCGGUGGAGUUCUCUGA